CAGUUCCCGGGUAACAGAGCCACCCUCUGUGUCCUGCUGAGCUCUGUUCUCUCCAGCACCUCCCAGCCGCUAGUGCCCGGUACCCUUGCUCCACCAGGAACAAGCCAACAUGUCUCGCCAGUCCAGUGUGUCCUUCCGGAGUGGGGGCAGCCGUUCCUUCAGUGCUGCCUCUGCCAUCACCCCGUCUGUCUCCCGCACCAGUUUCAGCUCUGUGUCCCGGUCCGGGGUAGGCGGUGGUGGCUUUGGCAGGGUCAGCCUUGGGGGUGCUGGUGGAGCAGGUGGCUAUGGCAGCCGGAGCCUCUACAACCUGGGGGGCUCCAAGAGGAUCUCCAUCAGCACUAGUGGCGGUGGCUUCAGGAACCGAUUUGGUGCUGGUGCUGGAGGCGGCUUUGGCUUUGGAGCUGGAGCCGGGAGUGGAUUUGGUUUUGGUGGUGGAGCUGGUAGUGGCUUUGGGCUCGGUGGCGGAGCUGGCUUUGGAGGUGGUGGAGCUGGCUUUGGAGGUGGCUUUGGUGGCCCUGGCUUUCCUGUCUGCCCUCCUGGAGGCAUCCAAGAGGUCACUGUCAACCAGAGUCUCCUGACUCCCCUCAACCUGCAAAUCGACCCCACCAUCCAGCGGGUAAGGACUGAGGAGAGGGAGCAGAUCAAGACCCUCAACAACAAGUUCGCCUCCUUCAUCGACAAGGUGCGGUUCCUGGAGCAGCAGAACAAGGUCCUGGACACCAAGUGGACCCUGCUCCAGGAGCAGGGCACCAAGACAGUGAGGCAGAACAUGGAGCCUUUGUUGGAGCAGUACAUCAACAACCUCAGGCGGCAGAUGGACGGUGUCCUUGGGGAGAGAGGUCGCCUGGACUCGGAGCUGAGGAACAUGCAGGAUCUGGUGGAGGACUUCAAGAACAAGUAUGAAGAUGAAAUCAACAAGCGAACCACCGCUGAGAACGAGUUUGUGAUGCUGAAGAAGGACGUGGAUGCUGCCUACAUGAGCAAGGUGGAGCUAGAGGCCAGGGUCGAUGCUCUGAUGGAUGAGAUCAACUUCAUGAAGAUGUUCUUUGAUGCGGAGCUGUCCCAGAUGCAGACACACGUCUCUGACACAUCUGUGGUCCUUUCCAUGGACAACAAUCGCAACCUUGACCUGGACAGCAUCAUUGCUGAGGUCAAGGCUCAGUAUGAGGACAUCGCCAACCGCAGCCGGACUGAAGCCGAGUCCUGGUACCAGACCAAGUACGAGGAGCUACAGCAGACAGCUGGCCGGCAUGGGGAUGACCUCCGCAACACAAAGCAUGAGAUCUCUGAGAUGAACCGGAUGAUCCAGAGGCUGAGAGCCGAGAUUGAUAAUGUCAAGAAGCAGUGCGCCAACCUGCAGAACGCCAUUGCUGAUGCCGAGCAGCGUGGGGAGCUGGCCCUCAAGGAUGCCAGGAACAAGCUGGCGGAGCUGGAGGACGCCCUGCAGAAGGCCAAGCAGGACAUGGCGCGACUGCUGCGGGAGUACCAGGAGCUGAUGAACACCAAGCUGGCCCUGGACGUGGAGAUCGCCACCUACAGGAAGCUGCUGGAGGGCGAGGAGUGCAGACUGAGUGGAGAAGGAGUUGGACCAGUCAACAUCUCUGUCGUCACAAACAGCAUGUCCUCUGGCUACGGCGGUGGCAGUGGCUUUGGCGGUGGUCUCGGUGGUGGCCUCGGUGGAGGCCUUGGCGGUGGUCUUGGAGGUGGCGGUGGGAGCUACUACUCCAGCAGCAGUGGGGGCGUCGGCCUAGGCAGUGGGCUCUCCGUAGGGGGCUCUGGCUUCAGUGCAAGCAGCGGCCGAGGCAUGGGGGUGGGCUUCGGCAGUGGCGGGGGCAGCAGCUCCAGCGUCAAGUUCGUCUCUACCACCUCCUCCUCCCGGAAGAGCUUCAAGAGCUAAGAGCCUCCUACAAGUCACUGCUUCCUAAGCACAGCACCCCGGCCUGUGGAGGCUGCCUCUUCCAGGCAGCUGUUCAAGCCAAGUUUUCUCUUUUUCUGGAGUGUAAUCUAGAUCAAAUCUAUUGCAGAACCACAUUCUUUGGUUCCUGAGAGGGCCCAAUUCCCAGUCCCUGGUCUUCUGAGUCACAAUUCUAUAUUCUGCUUCAAAUCAGCCAUUAGGUCCCUACAACAUUGCCCUUGAUGACACAAGAAUCCAAAAUUUUCAGUAUCUAAGCCAACAAAACAAAAUCCCCACCCCAAUCCCAAAUUUUGUUCUUGUUCUGAUUGCCUCCAGAGUGUGUUCAAUAAAAUGCUUGUAUAAUAUAA